CAUUAGCUUCGCGAGUCGAGAUGAUGGCAUCAAUAGGGGAAUUCGAUCCUCUCAACACCAGAGUCCCCGCAACUAAAAUAGAAGUUACCGUGUCUUGCAGGAGUCUACUGGAUGUGGAUACAUUCUCCAAGUCAGAUCCUGUGGUCGUGUUGUAUCUGCAGGCUGUGGGAACCAAAGAAUGGAGGGAGUUUGGCAGGACAGAGGUCAUCGAUAACACUCGGAAUCCCGAUUUCGUCAGGAAGUUUGUCCUGGACUUCUUCUUCGAAGAGAAACAAAAUCUAAGGUUUGAUGUGUACAAUGUGGACUCCAGAAGCUGUAACAUAUCCAAACACAAGGACUUUCUAGGCCAGACCUUCUGCACACUUGGAGAAAUCAUCGGUUCCACAGGGGGACGGCUGGAGAAGACCCUCUCCGGGAUUCCAGGGAAGAAAUGUGGAGUCAUUAUCUUAACUGCAGAGGAGCUCAGUAACUGCAGGGAUAUUGCUACCAUGCAGUUGUGUGCCAACAAGCUGGAUAAGAAAGACUUUUUUGGCAAGUCUGACCCCUUCCUGGUGUUCUACCGCAGUAAUGAGGAUGGAACGUUCACCAUCUGCCACAAGACAGAGGUGAUCAAGAACACACUGAACCCAGUGUGGCAGCCCUUCACCAUCCCUGUUAGAGCUCUCUGCAAUGGUGACUAUGACAGAACUGUGAAGGUAGACGUCUAUGACUGGGAUCGAGAUGGAAGCCAUGACUUCAUUGGCGAGUUCACCACUAGCUACAGAGAGCUGUCUCGGGGGCAGAACCAGUUCAAUGUCUAUGAGGUUUUAAAUCCCAAGAAGAAAGGCAAAAAAAAGAAAUACAUCAAUUCUGGGACUGUAACACUGCUGUCCUUCAAAGUGGAGUCUGAGUAUACCUUUGUGGAUUUCAUCCGAGGAGGGACACAACUGAACUUCACAGUGGCUAUAGACUUCACCGCGUCCAAUGGUAACCCUUCCCAACCCACUUCGCUCCAUUAUAUGAGUCCCUACCAAAUGAAUGCAUAUGCCAUGGCACUGAAAGCAGUGGGAGAAAUUAUCCAGGACUACGACAGCGAUAAGCUCUUUCCUGCCUAUGGCUUUGGAGCUAAGCUGCCCCCUGAUGGCAAAAUCUCCCACGGGUUCCCGCUGAAUGGUGACAAUGAUAAUCCAAACUGUGUGGGGAUAGAAGGAGUUCUGGAGGCUUAUUUUCAGAGCCUGAGGUCGGUGCAGCUGUAUGGACCUACGAACUUUGCACCUGUUAUCAACAAAGUAGCAAACUGUGCAGCAGAGAUUACAGAUGGCUCUCAGUACUUUGUCCUGUUGAUGAUCACAGAUGGAGUGAUAUCUGACAUGGUCCAGACCAAAGAGGCUGUGGUCAAUGCAGCAUCACUCCCUCUUUCCAUUAUCAUCGUAGGUGUUGGGCCGGCUGAGUUUGAUGCUAUGGAGGAGCUGGAUGGAGAUGAGGUGAGAGUAUCCUCAAGAGGACGUCUUGCUGAGAGAGACAUUGUUCAGUUUGUUCCAUUCAGAGACUACAUCGACAGAUCUGGCAACCAGGUCCUCAGCAUGGCUCGACUGGCUAAGGACGUCCUUGCCGAGAUCCCUGACCAGCUGCUGUCUUUCAUGAAGAGCCGAGGAAUUGAACCGCGACCGGCCCUGUCCUCCUCCCCGCUACCAGAGCUGCACAGACACAUCUGACCCUCAACAUAGUCUCUGCAUUUCUGUCUCUGUUUCUCCCUCUCUGCUUAUCUUUGCUCACCUCCCUCACUAUUGUUUUUAAAUUGAAAACAAUAGUGAGGGAAGAAUCCACUCGCAGUCACCCAUCUUCCUCUCUUAUCACCCAUGGGGGUAAACAGGCACAUGGCAGCUACGCAGCGGGUGCUCAUCCCUGACUCACCCACUGCUGUAGCUCUGAAUCGCCCUGGUAUUGAUUUCAUUUACUGUUCGAGACUGAACCAUGACCAUUGCUCCCCUCUGACAUCUGACCGUUCAGAACAUGGCUUUUUCUUUUUUUUUUUAAUUGUCUGAUUCCCCUGACCAAACACAUUUGGAACAAAAGGUUUGCCACUGGUGCUCGCCAGUGUUGUCACAUUUGGCGGGAGUCCUGAAGCUGAAUGAAUUCAAAGCCCUUGAAUAGCAAUAGACUCCAGCUUGCGUGAGGUGCUGUGGGGUUAUUUAAGGCCAAGUUUUGACUGUAAUUCUUUGGAGUGAUUGAUCACCUCAAUGAAAGACAUUUUCAUUUUACACUUUCUCAUUGUUUGCUGAGCCAAAUCUGAAACUGUAAUCAAGCAUGCCAACUACUUCAGUUUAAUCCAUUCAGAUAAAUUAGAGAGAGACUCCUUGGGUUUGUCUUUUAUAGGGUAGGAAAUAAGUGUUGUUAAAUCUAAUGUGGGGAAUCCACUCACAUGUUGACGGUCACAGACUUAGACGUACAUUCACCUCUGUCAGACAUGCCACACCCACACUCUCUUUGCCCAGCAUGGGCCGAGGCUGGGUGCAGAUUCCCCCCCUGCUGUUAGAGAAAUGCCAGACUCUCCGGCUGCCCUGCAGAGAGGAGGAAGAGGGAGGAAGGACGGAAGGAGAAAUUGUAGGUGGGAGUAAAGGGAGCAGAGGGGAGGAACGGGCAAGAGAGUGAGGGAGGGGGAAAAAAUAGAGAGGAGAAAAAGAGAUGCACAAGGAUGGGAAGAAGAACAAAGCAUCCAGAAAUCUGUUUUGUUUGAAGGGAAGGGAAAGAACAGUGGGGCAGAUGAGAGCUGGGUUGGAGACAGCAGCAGAGAGGAAGGCUGCAGCUCAGUGCUGUCUUUAGUGUGAGAAGCCUUUGUAUGCAUAUUUCCAGGGGGAAAAAAUCUCAAUGAGGGAUAAACGCACAUUCUAUGAAAAGCAAUAUACCUGACUUCCAAUGUAAUGUUUGCCCUAUGCAUGUCCCUUCCUCUCCCCUGCCAUGACUUGACAUUUUAUUCCCCGGCAGACUGGAGCUGUGUUGCAAAGUUGGCAAAGCCUGCCACCUAGUGCUCACCCCUUGUAUAGCAGGGUAUCUUUAUUAUGCAUGACUACUGUACAUUCCUAUACUAACUCAAACAGUACACACGCAUGAACAGAUGCAGCUACUAUCUUAAUCUUUGACAGGCAUUCCAACAAAUAACAGACACCCAUGUAAAAAAAAACUACAAGCGUCUAUAUGAAAUGUGUCACUCUUUGAAGUUAAUGUCAAGCGUGACGAUGGUGGUUUAUAUGGGAUGUUUUAUUUGCCGUGUGAGCAUAUUGACUUUUUCUAAAAUAAUCAGUUUCAACGUCAUGUUUGUUGCAUGUCGGGGAAACUAUUGUGUUGCAGUGUGUAAAAUAUGUGUCAUCACUCAGAGUGAUCGUCCAAAAUUAUCUGUACUGUCCAUUUUCAUUUGCAGAUGUUGGAACUAACUUAUAUGCCUUGUAUCUCGCAGAAACAUGUGAAAUUACAUGUACUUUUGAUAUUUUGGCAGGGUCAUAACAAACAGAGCAAUGCAGUGACUCUGCAAGAUGCUGGUGGUAUUAGAAGCAAAGUAUUUGAAGCCCUGCUGUGAUUUCUGUCCAUCCCUUCCUGUUGUCUUAUGACUGUACGAACUUAAAGGAAACGUAUUAUGCUUAUUUCAAACUUCAUAUUUUUAUUCAUGUACUCUGCUAAAGUAGCUUUGCAUGAUUCACAGCUCAAGAAUAGUCUUUAUUUACUUUAUACUUGGCCUUGGUACAGCCUGUCAGUUCAUUCCCUGUCUGUAACAAGCUGUUUUAGCCAUUUUCUGCUGAUUGGUUACCCCACAUAAAAACCAGGUUUGAAGAGCAGGCGAGUGGAGCUUCUGUGCUCACUGCCAGUGCUAUGGGCCUCGGACGACCACAUUAGUGAGCUCUGCUCUGUAGGUCAUACAGAGCCCAGGUUAGACAGAACAAACUGAAAAGAGACUGAACCCUGAGUUUAGUUUGACUUUAGUCAUGUGAGUGUAAGGAAAAGCAUAAUAGGUCCCCUUUAAAAAAAAAAAAUAAGAUGGAUAAGGUUCUAUUGGACAUAAUUUUUUUUAUUGCUUACAGUAAAUCUACAAAAAAAAACUUUUACAUCUGUAUUCGAACAGCUACACUGUAUGUUGACGUUUUUCAGAAUGUCCAUAUAAGGAGAAUGUAGAUGUUUGACCUAGAAACCCUUAACUGUUCUGACAAAUAUCUUGUCGUGUUUCGAUAUGACGUUUGACUAUAUCUGUGUUUACGCGUAUCACCUGAAGGUGAUGACCUGCAGUACAAUAUAUCCAAACAUGAAGCAGCACAGUCUUGCUGGUUGUGUGUUGUAUGUAGUAAUUCAUUCAGCAGCACUAUAGAGAUCGUUCAGAAUGAGUUCCAGCUUUAAAUUGUUGAUUCAUUAAAAAAAAAAAUUAAAGAGCUUUAAUACAUAA